AUGGCCGCAUUUAACAUCCGCCUCAAGGAUCCAUCCCUGCUGGUCGGCCAAAACUACAUCGACGGAAAGUGGGUGGAAGCCGAGUCUCGGAGGCGGUUCGAUGUCACCGACCCUGCAAAUGGAAGCAUUCUAGGAUCUUGCCCCGAGUCAGACUCGAAGGAUGCACAAAACGCGAUUGAUUCUGCGGCAGCGGCCCUACCUGCAUGGCGCUCUCGGGCUGGUCGCAACCGGGGCCGCAUCCUACGUCGGUGGUAUGAGUUGAUUCUCGAGAACCAAGAAGACCUGGCCAAGCUCAUCACGCUGGAGAACGGAAAGGCCAAACCCGACGCGGCGGGCGAGGUUCUCUUUGCCGCCAGCUUUCUCGAGUGGUUCUCUGAAGAGGCCGCGCGGAUCUACGGUGACGUUAUUCCCCAUAGCCAACCCAGUUUUCGCGUCUCCGUUCUGAAAGAGCCCAUUGGGGUGUGCGGUCUUAUUACUCCAUGGAACUUCCCUGCAGCUAUGAUCACAAGAAAGCUCGGUCCCGCAUUGGCCGCUGGCUGCACGGUCGUCGUGAAAACGGCAGGCGAAACACCUUUCACAGCCAACGCCUUGCUCAAGCUGGGCGAGCGAGCCGGAAUCCCGGCGGGCGUGAUCAACAGCGUUACCGCGCUCGACAACACCCCGGAGAUUGGCGAGGCUCUGUGCUCGUCCAACGUGGUUCGCAAAAUCUCCUUCACGGGUUCGACGCGCGUCGGGAAGCUUUUGAUGCAGCAAUCUAGCUGUUCCUUGAAGAAACUGAGCCUGGAGCUUGGUGGUAACGCACCGUUUAUCGUGUUCGAGGAUGCCGACCUCGGCUUGGCCGUGGAUGCGGCCAUCGGAAGCAAGUUUAAGUCGUCGGGGCAGACAUGUGUCUGUUCCAACCGAAUAUUUGUUCAGAAGCGCGUUUAUCCGGAGUUCAUUCGACGUCUCAAAGAGGCUGUCGGUCGAUUCCAUGUUGGCAGUGGACUGGAUGAGAAGACCACCCAUGGUCCCCUAAUUACAUCGGCGGCAGCCGAUAGAGUCGCCGGUCUAGUAAACGAAGCUGUCAGUCUCGGCGCGAAGGUCGAGAUUGGCGGCAAUAAGAUCCCUCGCCUAGGCCCCAACUUCUUCGAGCCCACCAUCCUCACAAACGUCACCACGGCCAUGUCGGUAGCGAACGAAGAGAUCUUCGGCCCUGUAGCACCCAUAUUCUCCUUCGACACAGAAGACGAGGUCGUCGCUACUGCCAACAACUGCGACGUGGGAUUAGCAUCAUACAUCUUCACCGACGACAUCACUCGAGCCAACCGCGUUUCGGAGCUUUUGCAAUUUGGCAUGGUGGCUGUCAACACCGGCGUCGUUUCUGACGCUGCAAGCCCGUUCGGGGGUAUCAAACAUUCGGGAAUUGGUCGCGAGGGAAGCAAAUAUGGGAUUGAAGAUUAUCUCCAGAUAAAGACCGUUGUUACGGGGAAUGUGCAGGUGGUUCACAAAGCGUCCUUGUAA